UUCCACCUCUCUGCACACACUCUGGUCAGCGUGCCACUGUGUGUCGAUGUGAAACAACUUCUCCCUCCCUUGUUUUUCAUACCUCGUCCUCUCUUCCCUUCCCUCUCACCAUGUGAAGCGUCGGGAUCCGUGCCGCCCGUGUGAGAGUCUCUCGGAGCAGUUGGGUGAUGGUGAACAAGUGUUUCCUGAGGACCUGAUUGAAGACUGGGUGUGGUUGAAGCUAUGCUGACGUCAGGGUGGGGGGUGUGGUCCCUCCCCCCCUGUGGCCUCGUGCUGCUCAUCUGCUCGUCCGUCUGUCUGUCCCAGCAGCCUCACCUCAAACUCGCCGACUGCAGCAGAAAGGAGCAUCCUGUUGUCUCCUACCAAAUGUUGACGCCAUGGAUGUCGGAGUUCUCCCAUCCAGGAGUGAAGGAUUUUGCCCAGCUGGCUCUGGACCUGAGCAGAAACCAGCUCAUUGUGGGAGCGAGAAACUUUAUCUUCACGCUGAAUUUGAGCAACGCCUCCCUCAUACAGGCGACAGAAUGGGCACCCAGUGAGGAUACAAAGCGCUCAUGUCAGAGCAAGGGCAAAUCUGAGGAGGAAUGUCAGAACUACCUCCGGGUACUGUUGAUCCGUGGGAGGACGCUGUUCACGUGUGGGACCAACGCUUUUGCCCCCGUGUGUAUGAGCAGGCAGAUUGACAACAUCAGUGAGGUGUUGGACACGGUGAACGGUGUUGCCCGAUGUCCCUACGACCCGCGCCACAACUCCACGGCCAUGGUGACGGAGAAGGGCGAGCUGUACGCCGCUACAGUGAUCGACUUCUCGGGACGUGACCCAGUCGUCUACAGGAGCCUGGGGAACAUGCCGCCGCUGCGCAGCGCCCAGUACAACUCCAAGUGGCUCAACGAGCCUCAUUUUGUAUCCGUUUAUGAGAUCGGUCGCUUCGCCUACUUCUUCCUGAGAGAAACGGCCGUGGAAAACGACUGUGGGAAGAUGGUGUUCUCUCGCGUGGCGCGGGUCUGCAAGAACGACAUGGGCGGUCGUUUCCUGUUGGAGGACACCUGGACGACCUUCAUGAAGGCCCGACUCAACUGCUCGCGCUCGGGAGAAAUCCCUUUUUACUACCACGAGCUGCAGAGCACCUUUUACUUACCAGAGCAGGACCUGAUCUAUGGCAUCUUCACCACUAAUGUGAACAGCAUAUCAGCUUCAGCCGUCUGUGCCUUCAAUCUGAGCGCCAUCACUCUCGCGUUCAACGGACCGUUCCGCUACCAGGAGAACCCCCGCACUGCCUGGCUCUCUACCCCAAACCCCAUACCCAAUUUUCAGUGUGGCACUCUGGAGGAGGGAGGCCCUGGGGGGAACCUGACGGAGCGCAACCUCCAGGACGCCCAGCGACUCUUCCUGAUGAACGACGUGGUGCAGCCGAUCACCAUCAACCCGCUGCUCACCCAGGACAACCUGCGCUUCUCCAAGCUGGUAGUGGACAUCGUGCAGGGCCGAGACAUGCUCUACCAUGUCAUGUACAUCGGCACUGAGUAUGGCACAAUCCUGAAGGCUCUCUCAACAACCAACAGAAGCCUUCAAGGCUGCUACCUGGAGGAGCUCCGGAUCCUCCCUGAAGGACAAAUCCGGCCAAUCAAGAGCCUGAAAAUUGUCCAGAGUGACAGGUCCUUGUUUGUUGGACUCGAUGACAGAUUGGUGAAGAUCCCAUUAGAGCGAUGCUCCAACUAUCCAAACGAACGCUCCUGCCUGGAAGCCAGGGACCCGUACUGCGGCUGGGAUCUCAAACAGAAGCGUUGCACCACCAUCGAGGAGAGCUCCAACAUGAACCAGUGGACCCAAAACAUCACAGAGUGCCCAGUGAGGAACUUAACGCAGGAUGGUGCUUUCGGUGCCUGGGCUCCGUGGCAGCUCUGUAACCACGAUGACGGCGAGGGCUCCAUCAGCAGCUGUGCAUGUCGCUCCCGCUCAUGUGACGGACCAGUGGCCCGGUGUGGCGGCGUCGAAUGCAAGGGUCCCACCAUUCAGGUGGCAAACUGCUCUAGGAAUGGCGGCUGGACGCCCUGGUCUUCAUGGGGCCAGUGCAGCAGCAGCUGUGGCAUCGGCUUUGAAGUGAGGCAGCGCUCCUGCAACAACCCCUCGCCUCGCCACGGUGGUCGAAUCUGCGUCGGCCAGGGUCGAGAGGAGAGGCUGUGCAACGAGAAAAGGCCAUGUCCCUUGCCAGUGGCGUGGACAGCGUGGAGCCCCUGGGCUCACUGCAGUGCCGAAUGUGGAGGAGGGGUCCACUCCAGGACCAGAACCUGUGAGAAUGGAAACUCGUGUCCUGGAUGUGCCACGGAGUUUAAGGUCUGUAACCUGGAGGCUUGCCCUGAGGUCCGCCGCAACACCCCCUGGACUCCCUGGAUGCCGAUGAACGUCAGUCAGAACGGGUCCCGGCAGGAGCAGAGGUUCAGGUACACCUGCCGGGCUCUGCUGCCCGACCCGCAGCAGCUGCAGCUGGGCAAGAAGAAGGCGGAGACCCGGUUCUGUCCCAGUGACGGGUCUGGAGCCUGUCAGACGGACUCUCUGGUUGAAGACUUGGUGAAGUCCACUGGCCACACUCUGUCCCAGCCCCAAGAUGCUCGCUGGGGAUCCUGGGAAACGUGGUCCGGCUGUUCACAGCAGUGUUCCACAGGUUUCCGAACCCGCAAACGUAUCUGCUCGACGGCAGAGGGCAGGACCAACCCGAGCUCCUGUGUGGGAUCCCCGGUGGAGUAUCAGGACUGCAACACUCAGCCCUGCCCAGUGAGUGGAGCUUGGUCUUGCUGGUCCUCCUGGUCCCAGUGCUCGUCCAGCUGUGGAGGUGGAAACCACCAGCGCACUCGGCAGUGCAGCAGCCCGGCACCUGCUAACGGAGGGGACAUCUGUAUAGGCCUGCACACUGAAGAGGCUCUCUGCAACACACAUACAUGUGAAGGUCGGGGCGAGUGGGGGGAGUGGGGGGAGUGCGACGAGGAGGGUCUGCAGCAUCGCAAUCGUCUCUGCAGUGAGGACGUGGUGGCUGAGGCCGGACUCUGCCAGGGCAACGUCUCCCAGUCCAGGCCGUGUCAGCCGCAUGAGGUGCCAGUCGUUCUACCCGGACAGGACGACCACAGCUGUGGAACCUUCACCUUGUUCCAGCUGCUUGCUGUGGGCUCAGGUAGUUUCUUUGCAGCAGCGUUACUCUCAGCGCUGGCCUACACGUACCACCACUCCCGGAAGCGACCGUCAGCAGAGUCAGCGGUGAUCCACCCCAGCACGCCCAACCACCUCACCUACAACAAGCAGGGCAACAGCACGCCAAAGAAUGAGAAGUACAUCCCCAUGGAGUUUAAGACACUAAACAAGAACAACCUCCACGUGAAAGAAGAGACGUGCAACCACUUCCCCUCCCCGCUAGCGACCAGCAACAUGUUCGCCACCACCUACUAUCCUCCCAGUCUGGGCAAGUACGACUUCAAUGCAGACUCCCCCUGCAGGGCCUACAUGCACAGCUGAGAGAAAACGACCCUCUUCAGCAGCCUGAAGGAUUUCAAAGUCCGGAAGUCAACACCAAAAUCAUCCUCAUCAUCAGGUUCCAGAGAUCUUAAAUACUUCUGUAAGUCUGUGUGAGCCACAGACAUCACUGUCAACAGGUCCUAUUUCUUUAGCAGGGAGAUGUUUAAGUUAAAAAAUUGAGGUGAAACUCCUCCAGUGUGAAGGUGAAGCAGAAAUCGAACAGGUACGAGCUAAUUCAGAACACAACGCUGUAGAUCAAUGGUUAAUGAGUUAAAGGAAUAGUUUGACGUUUCGGGAAACACACCUUUCUUCUUCUGAAUGUUAGAUUCUGUUUAUAUAAAGUCUUUGGCCUUUACACUGAGUACAAAUUGUGGUUUUAAGUGGAGAUAGGUGUUUUAACUACUUUUUUUCCGAGGCCACAGACCAGUGUGAGCCACCACCUGUAACUGGUAACAGAAUCUACCGCCUGAUGAGCCGGUCGGACGUUCAAAGCAGUCACAUCACGUAUCUUCUCUGAAACCAUGAAUCUUCCCCAAUCCGCUUCGGUUUGUGUUUGAUUUACACAACAUGAUGCAGUUCUGCACGAGUUGCCAGGCGCGUUACUGACAGCAGCCUCGUACUUUAGGCCCAGGCCUGACAUUGAUGUUUACAUUUCACUCCCUGAGAGAAAGCACAUGGACAUAUGUACCCCAAUGAUGGACUAUAACAGUUUAUAACCAGCGCACCUUCCCUCUACUCAAGGAGGAGCCAUGUUUGAUUUAAACAACCACCUGCAACUGAAACCUAACUCUCACCUCACCCCCCGACGUGCUCCACUUGUGCUCAGGACAGUUUGAAAGCUCCAGGGCUUCAACAAAGCUCCAGACAUUACAUGUAGCUGGAUUCCCUCUGGACCGAGACAACACUCAUCUGCUGCUAAUGUGUUAUUGUCAGGUGAGUUCAGAGGACUUACUAAACCUGUAUAGGAACUUUACAGGCAGCCUGGUCGCUUGUUCAUGUGUCGGCUGCCUUCAGCAAAGACUGAAAAACUAAAAUAUCAUCUCACUUCAUCUUCACUGAGAGUGAACGGAGAGAGGAAAUGAACAGAGACUCGCAGAUUUCUGCCUCAUUUGCUUUAAUUUUCACGUUUUGCAGCGUUCACAGUGGAAAACUCUGACGAGGAGGUUUUCAUCGCUGGCGUCUUCGGACUUUUCUGUUAUUUCCACAGACGUGUUUUGUGUCCUGAAACAACUUGAUGGAUUCUAUUCGUCACACAGGGAUAGUUUCCCCCCUGUUUUCUGGAUGUUUAUGCGUUAAGGUUAUUUCUCAACAAUCACCAAAUACAACACGGUUGUACUUGAACAUCCACAGCAUGAACACAACAUAAACAGGUAACUUUGUCAUAAGUAACAAGUCAAUGUAUAAAACUGUGAUGGAACUUAGAGAUCUAUGUUUAAACACUGGUUUGCUGUAAGGAGAGCAAGGUCACAGUUAUUCUAAUGGACCUUAACUGUGUUUUUCUUCUGAAAUUCUGAUGUCACUUAAUAGAGAGCAAAUUUUGGAAAGAGCCUCUAACAAAAAGAAACAUUAUUCUUGAUACAUGCCUCUAAAAACUCGAGUUAAUUAACAUUAAGAGUUCCUGUUGGAAAACAAAUUCCCCCCCAUAAUUAUAACCAAAUUAAGUUUGCAAGACAUCACAGAUAUUUUGUUUUAUAAGUUGUGCUGCUGAAAAAGCCCCAAAAGUCAACUACUACCUUACAAUAUGUAAAUGUUAGAUUUAAGACUUAGACCGAAUCCACAUUGACGAAUACGACUGGAUUGUGCUGAGAUUGUCAAACUAAACUUCUCCAGGGUAAUGUCUGACUUUAAUUUCAGAAGAGUAUCUACGUUAUAUGUUUUUUUGAUCCUGUUCAACAUGUUCAGACAGCCACCAUCUCCUGAUCUGUUCCAUGAGAGGUUUGCUGACAUUUAAGUUGAUCCUGUUCUGUGAAAUGUAUAUAAUUACAUUCAGUGUCUUGUGUUUCUGAAAUGUAAAUGAAUGCAGGUGUUUUUCGCCGUUUGCAGUUUUGUGUAGCAUGAAACAAGCGUCCCUGACAACGUGUGUUCACGUUUGGGUGCCUGCAUACAAGGACCUUCAUGCACCGAGGAAUAUACAUCUGUACAGACAAACUGUACAGAUAUGUUUAUUUGUAUUUGGGCGCGGUAAUGGAAAUAUUCCUUUUUUUUUUUAAAGUUGUGUUUUGUAUUUAAAGGUGUUAACAGCUGAAUCCUCAUUGGACACAAUAAACCCUCACAACUUGUUGUUGAAUCCCCUCGAACAAAAACACUUCUGCUGAAUAUCACUAAAAACUGCCUUUUGGACACUGUGAACUUUUGUUACUCUAUAUUUUUUAUAAUGUACACUGUAAGAAAUAUCAAAAGUUGAAUAAAUCAG